ACAUCAAAAGCGACUGUAGAGAGGUACUGUCUCUGAUAGUGGCUGGGCCAAAUGGUGAAACAGUUCCUUUCUUCACCCUCAAACAAGGAAAAGACAUUAUCUUAGGUCGCCUGCACUGCACUGCACCCAUAACUUCACUUAUCCAAUCUAUUCCAAUUCCUACUUUAGUCUUUGUCAAUACUUCACUUUAUUGCUCCUUAUAUUCCAAACUCUCUCUGUCACUCAACUCUGCCACACAUCCACAUUUCCCUUCAAUUUUUUUCACUCACAUUCUUCUUUCCCUUAUCAUUUCCCCUGCCACUCACAACUACCUUUCCUCAGAUGGAGAAAAAACUGGAACAAUUGAAAGAAGAGGAAGAAGAAGAAGAAGAAAUUGAAGCAUUAUCACUCUGUGAUCUCCCUGUCAAUCUGAUCAACGACCAGGCUCAAUCAAAACCAAAACCAGAUUCUCCGAUCAUAGAAAAAGAAGAUUUUGAUUUCCACUUAUGGGGUACCCCUUUUUCCUCAAAAUCAGAAAUGUGUGCUGCUGAUGAAGUUUUCUUUGAAGGCCAAAUUCUCCCCUUGAGUCUCUCAUUAAAGCGAUGUCAAUUAAGGUCCGAGUCCUUGGGUCACGGUUCUCUGAGAGAGUUUCGUAGUAAUAGCAGUAGAAGCAGCAGCAUAAGGAGCCAGAACUCAACUAGUAGCAGCUCCUCCACCACCACCACAACCCCAGGAAUUUCCAAACCCAGACCUCAAAAUCAAAAUCAAAAUCAAAAUCAUUUCCAUGCACAUCCAAGUCCCCAACCUCAAUUGAAGGUAACUGUUCCAAGACAAACAAGCUUCGGUAAUCAAGGUAGAAAAUCAUCUGCAUGGGACUUUUUCCGUUUGGGUGUGGUGCCUGCACCCGAGAUAGCAUUGCAAGAUCUCAAAGUUCGUAACAAAAAUCACAUAGUUCGUAACAACAGCAGCAAUAGUAGCCUCAGCGCUAACAGCGCUGUGAAAAGGAGUUACAGCGUUAAGGGAAAUCACGUUUUGAAACAAUUUGUUGGUAUAGGUGGUGGCUUUUGGAGUGGUUGCAAAUGUUCAGUUGAAACAGUGCAAUCGGACAUUACCAUGAUUAAGGGCAGCACUAAAAGCGCCAACAAAACCGAAAGCGUAACGCACGCGAUGAAAGAAAAAGUGGUCGAAAGGAAGAAGCAGAAGCAGAGACAAAAGCAAGGAAAGAGGACCAUGUCGUCUCGUCGAACGUUUGAAUGGAUAAAGGAGCUUUCGCAUGAUGCAAGUUAUGCCGAUGAUGAGGCUUUGUUAUCUAAAUCUUAAACGCUUUGCCUCAGAGCAUGCUUGUAAUUUUAUUUUUUUUAUUACUAUUAUUGGGUUAUAUUGCCUUUAUAGCCGUUGGCUUUUGUUUUUGUUCUUAAAUUUCAUCAUUGCGAUCGAGAAUGGAGACUCUGUAAUCAAAAUUCUUACCGUCGUGAGAAUGAUAGUUUUGCUUUUUCAUCUCUCUUUUUGACUGAUGUUGAUUGAGUGCAUGUUAAAGAUUGAAUGUGUUUAUUAAGAUAUUGUUGGUG